UAAAAUGUACUUUUAGUUUGUAUAAAAAAGAUGGGUCUCUGGCAUGUCUGUGUGCCUAUCAACUGUGAAAUUAAACCCAUCCAUGGGCUAAAUUACAAAAUAACCAACCCCACACCCAGUCUUUCCACCAAGAUCCAGAGCCACUUUCAAGCGAUGGCCUGAGUCCAUGCCCCACAUAGAAUAUUUCUAUUGUCUUUACAGGUUCUCGCUUUUUUUCCCACACUCUGGACUCCGCUUCCACAAAUAGAUGCAAGCAGCCGGCCGAAACGCGCACACUCACUGGGGAGAUCCAGCCUGCUGGAACACAGACACUUGCCAGCAAGAUCCAGCCCACUAUUACGCAUCCACUUGCCAGCGAGAUGACGAGUGAGAGCACAUGAAGCCUCUCUAUAGUUCCAAAACCCAUGCCUGCCCCGGUUCUCAUGGUAAUGAAAGUCGGACUUGCAAGAGACAGAUCUGCCCCUAAAAACCGUCUGAUUUUAGUUGACAAGUAAUAGCGUGAUAACAUUGUGGAGAUAGGGGCCAACUGGAUCCACGGACCGUCCGAAGAGAACCCAGUAUUUUGUUUGGCUCGGCAAUACGGCCUGCUGAGUCCAGACGCUCUCACCCCAGAGAACCAGGCGAUGGACAUCGGAGGACAUCCUCCCUGGAUCCCCAAUGUCUUCACCAGCUCAGGUCGCAAGGUGAGCUUUGAGGAUGUGUUCCCUGCUGUAGAGAUGUUUAAAGAACUUCUGGCUGAGAGUUCAGAGUUUCAGGAGGGGGGGGAACCCUGGCCCAGCAUGGGCCAAUUUAUACGUGCGGAGGUGCUACAAAGAUCAGUCAAGAAGUGGAAAGCAGACAAUAAAAUAUCUUUGCAGCGGUGCAUGAUCAGCACCAUGUUGAAGGUGGAGUGUUGCAUUAGUGGUACUCACAGCUUGGAUGACCUGGGCUUGGGUGGUAAUGGCCUCUAUAAAACAACACUGGGAUGUGACUGCACCUUUCCAGGAGGUUAUGAAGGUCUAGUCCGAAAGCUGAUGUCAGAGCUGCCUGCUGGUGUGGUGACCUACAACCAGCCCGCUCGCUGCAUCCACUGGAACAACUCUGACAAGAGAGGCGCACACGUGAACAUCGAAUGCGACGAUGGGGAGAUGGUGGCAGCUGAUCAUGUGGUCGUCGCAAUUCCUUUAGGCUACUUAAAGAAGCACCAUAUGUCACUGUUCCGUCCUCCUCUUCCUCUGCACAAAAUGCACUCCAUCCAGAGAUUAGGCUUUGGCACCAACAAUAAAAUAUUUGUGGAAUUUGAUUCGCCCUGGUGGGAGGAGGAUUGCGAGGUCAUCUACAUGGUGUGGGAAGAUGAGGAUGCCAUGGUGGACCAGGUGGAGGAUAUUCCAGGAUCCUGGAUAAAGAAAUUGUUUGGCUUUACUGUGUUAAAACCCACUGAAAGGUUCGGCCAUGUUUUGUGUGGCUGGAUCGCUGGGCAUGAGGCAAGUUAUAUGGAGACUUUGUCUGAGCAGGAGGUCCUGCACGCCGUCACACAACUCGUCCGCAGGUUUACAGGUAAUCCCAUAAUUACUCCGCGGGGAGUCCUUAGGUCUCAAUGGUGUCAUGACCCCUGGACAUGCGGAUCAUACAGUUACCCUUCAAGGGGCUGCUCAUUGCAGGACUUUGAGAACAUGAUGGAGCCUCUGCCAUCCAAGCGAUCACUCUCGCAACCGCUGCAGGUGUUGUUUGCUGGAGAGGCGACUCAUCCCUCCUACUUCUCCACCGUCCAUGGAGCUCUUCUCUCUGGUUGGAGGGAAGCCGACAGGCUCCUCGCUCACUACUCGUCAUCCACUCGUCCAGCACAGCCAACAGAGUCAAAGCUUUAAAAGAAUAAUGCUGUUCGGACAAAGAGAUUAAUGUGAGAUGAUGUGAUUUCAAUGUACCUCUACAUCAAUUUUUAUGAUGAUACAGAUUAAUCUUGGUGAAUAAGUGCCAUAAAAUGAAAAUCUGAUAAUUAUCUGUCUAAUUUAGAAGAAAUAUGUGUUGCUGUUUUGGAGAGCAAAAAAAAUAUUACCUUUUAAAGGAAUCCUCUUUGUACAUCAAUUUAAAAAAGUUGAGUUAAAUAUUUUUAUGCAUUACAUACAGAUACAAUGUGAUAUGACAUUUUAGACUACUGUCAUUUAUUUUUCUGUUAUCUAAUAAAAAUGUACCAUUUAACUCCCA